CCGGUGUGCGUGAGGAAGGGAUUAAACGUCCGUCUCAAGCCGCUCUCUUUCCGUGAAAGAACCGUGGUCCCGUCGCGUUUACCGGCGUUUACAACCGGAACGGCUUCUUGACGACUCAGUCGUUAACUCCUCGAGCUGUUAUUGAGAAUUAGGGAUGAACUGAGAAUGAAUGUUAACCAGCAACCUCAGAUGGCCUCUCCUUAUAGGCAGCCUCAGCCUGGAUAUCAGGGCUAUCCCCAGCCUGGCUAUGGGGGCGGACACAUGCCAGCUGGCUAUCCAGCUCAGAAUGCACCUUAUAAUGGUCCAGGCUCUGCUUACCAACAAGGUCCACCGCAAGGAUAUUCUCCUUAUGCAAGCUUUCCCUCUAAGACUCUCGCAACAAAUUUAGUUUCUGAUCUGUCCUCCUCUCCUCUUGACCUAGGUAUGAGAGGACCCCCGACGUCGGGAGCGCCACCUGUCUCGGCUGCCCAGAACUAUUCUCAGUUUGCGCAAGGAGACGCUCAGAACGGGCCACCACCAAUGGGUGCUCCACAACAGAGGCCUCCAGUGUCUCAGCCAUACACUCCAGGAGUAAUGAAUAUGUCUGGUCCUCAGCCCCCUUACAGCCAACCGUUUGGAGCUCCACCUGCCGGCAUGCAACAGAUGACCAAUCAAAUGGCCAGCAUGCAGGUUGGAUCCACUGCACCAUCUCCUGCUGGCCCAGGCUAUGCUCCUCCUUCUGUAUCCCAGGCACCUGUCUCAGCUGCCUACACACCUGCAGCCCCUCACACUUUUCCACCCACUUCUGCUGCUCCCACACAGCCCCUGCUUACUGAAGGUGCGGCUCAGACUGCUCCUCCAUCCUACUAUGGGUCUCCACCUACAGCACAGCAGCCUUUUCAAAAUGCCCCUCCGUCUUUUUCCGCUGCUGGCCCCACCCAGCCCCAAGCCCCACCCCCUGUCUCUCAGCAUUCCUACCCUCAAGGUCCACCUGUCUCUCAGCCUCCUUUUUCCACAGCCCCACCUCCAGGGCCCAUUCCAGGGCCCAGGACCCAAUCAUACGAUGGCCCAACUCCAGGACAGCCAUCUUUCCAAAGACCUCCUCUUCCAACCUCCCAGGCCCCUAUGUUCCCUGGAGGUCCACCACCACCCACAUCUACACCAUCUCAGAUGCCAGGAGGGAUGCCACCCCAGCCGCCAGUAUCCCAGCCUUCGCUUUACCACUCAGGUCCUCCACCUGCCACAUCUGGGUUUCCACCACAAGGAGGAGCUCCACCAAGGCCUCACCUUCCUGGAAUGCAGGGCCCUCCCAUGGGCUCUCAAGGUCCUCCAAUGGCACAGGCAAACCACGUGCCUCCCUCACAACCUGGCAUGUCACCUGGUCCUCAUAAUGCUGGUAUGUCGGGACCACCACAACCACAGCCGGGAAUGCAGGGCUAUCCUCCGCAACAAAAUGGUGCGUUUGGGCAGGUCAGAGGACCUCAGCCGGGCUAUGCAGCGCCGUAUGCUGGGCAACCAAACUAUGGCGCAGGUCCCACCGCACCUGCUCCAUCACAAUCUGCCCCAAAAAGGCUCGAUCCAGAUUCGAUCCCAAGCCCGCAAGCCUCUGACAUGCCGCCUGUGCAGAAAACAAGACAUAGAAUAGACCCAGACGCAAUCCCCAGUCCAAUUCAGGUUAUUGAGGACGACAAAGUAAACAAGGGAAGUGAACCUUUUACUACAGGAGUCAGAGGUCAAGCCCCACCUCUUGUCACCACCAACUUCCAAGUUAAAGAUCAAGGGAAUGCAAGUCCACGCUACAUCCGUUGCACAGCCUACAACAUACCCUGCAAUUCAGACAUGGCCAAACAGUCACAGGUGCCCCUGGCUGCUGUCAUCAAACCCCUGGCCACACUGCCACCAGAUGAGACACCACCAUAUCUUGUUGAUCAUGGUGAAACCGGUCCCAUCCGCUGCAAUCGCUGCAAAGCCUACAUGUGUCCGUUCAUGCAUUUUAUCGAAGGCGGUCGGCGUUUUCAGUGCAGUUUCUGCAAUUGCGUCACAGAGGUGCCUCCCCAUUACUUCCAGCAUCUGGAUCACACCGGGAAGAGAGUAGACUGCUAUGAGCGACCGGAGCUCUCAAUGGGCAGUUACGAGUUUAUGGCUACUAUGGACUACUGUAAGAACAAUAAGUUUCCUCAGCCGCCAGCCUACAUCUUCCUGAUUGACGUGUCUUAUAAUGCUGUGAAGAGCGGCAUGGUGGGAAUGGUUUGCCAGGAGCUGAAGACGCUGUUGGAUUACUUGCCCAGAGAGAACCCCGAAGUGGAGUCAAACAUUCGAGUCGGCUUCGUCACUUACAAUAAAGUGCUUCAUUUCUAUAACGUGAAAGCGUCUCUCGCUCAGCCACAGAUGAUGGUCGUGUCAGAUGUGGCUGACAUGUUUUUGCCCCUGUUGGAUGGUUUUCUGGUCAGUGUUUCAGAGUCAAGGAUGGUUAUUGAGAGUUUGUUGGAUCAGAUCCCUGAGAUGUUUGCAGACACGCGGGAAACGGAAACUGUGUAUGGGCCUGUCAUUCAGGCAGGGCUGGAGGCGCUGAAGGCUGCGGAUUGUGCCGGAAAGCUUUUUAUUUUCCACUCAUCUCUACCUAUUGCUGAAGCACCAGGCAAAUUGAAAAACCGUGAGGACAAGAAACUAGUGGGAACUGAUAAAGAGAAGUCCCUGUUCCAGCCACAGGUUGGUUUUUACAACACUUUGGCUAAGGAGUGCGUGGCCCAAGGUUGCUGUGUGGACCUCUUCCUCUUUCCCAACCAGUAUGUUGAUGUAGCAACGUUAGGGGUGGUGCCCACUUCAACGGGUGGCUCCAUCUACAAAUACACCUACUUCCAGGCUGCAUCUGACCAAGAGCGAUUCCUCAAUGACCUGAGGAGAGAUGUGCAGAAGCAGAUGGGCUUUGAUGCUGUAUUGAGGGUCCGCACUAGUACAGGUAUCCGGGCGACAGACUUCUUUGGUUCCUUCUACAUGAGCAACACCACAGAUGUAGAGUUGGCAGGACUAGACUGUGACAAGACAGUUACAGUGGAGUUCAGACACGAUGACAAGCUCAGCGAGGAGACCGGCGCUCUAAUGCAGUGUGCGGUUUUGUACACGAGCUGCAGUGGGCAGCGACGCCUUCGCAUCCACAACAUGGCAGUAAACUGCUGCUCUCAGCUGGCAGAUCUGUACAGGAACUGCGAGACUGACACCAUCAUCAACUUCCUCGCCAAAUAUGCAUAUCGCAGUUUACUUAGCGGUCCCACCAAGAAUGUACGUGACAGUCUGGUGAAUCAGUGUGCGCAGAUCUUGGCCUGUUAUCGAAAAAACUGCGCCAGUCCAUCUUCGGCAGGACAGUUGAUUUUACCAGAGUGUAUGAAGCUGCUUCCUGUGUAUCUGAACUGCGUGUUGAAAAGUGACGUUCUGCAGCCCGGGGCGGACGUCUCCCUGGAUGACCGUGCCUAUCUGAGACAGCUGGUCAGCGCCAUGGACGUAGCCGAGAGCCACGCAUUCUUCUACCCUCGGCUGCUUCCUCUGCAAAAGCUGGAUGUCGAGAGCACGUCUCUGCCCGUAGCUGUGAGAGACUCCGAGGAGAGGCUGUCUAGAGGAGGAGUGUACCUGUUAGAGAACGGACUAAACCUUUUCAUUUGGGUCGGGAUGAAUGCCCAACAAGAGCUGCUCCAGAACAUCUUUGGAACGACUUCUUUCAGCCAGAUAGACCCCAGCAUGACAUCCCUGCCGGUGUUGGAUAAUCCUUUUUCAAAGAGACUGAAGGAGAUUAUCGAGUCCAUCAGGGCACAACGCUCACGAUACAUGAAGCUCAUUGUGGUGAAACAGGAAGACAAAUUAGAGCUGAUCUUCAAACACUUCCUGGUUGAAGAUAAGAGCAACAACGGCGGAGCUUCUUACGUGGACUUCCUGUGUCACAUGCACAAGGAGAUUCGUCAGCUCCUGAGCUAGGACCUCCGUGUCCUCCUCCCCCCUGGGUCUCUUCUGGGAAGCGCUAUAUCUUUUUAUUUGACAUAAUAAUAAUAAACACAAUCCCUUUACCCAUCAUCUCCUCUAUCUCAAAUAUAAUCUCACCCACCGUGACUCGUGAGGAGGAAACCACCUCGUAAAGGAAAAUCGCUCCAUCGGGUUUUGGUGUUGUUCUUUUGGUUUUAGCGAUGGGAGUUUCGGCCCAACCUUCUCUUCUGUGUCGAUGGCAGAGCGUGUGGUUGAAAAGGGAGAAGUGCCGUUUAGUUGAACGCCCCCCACCCUUUGUCCACGUCUGAUUUGGGAUCAGUUUUCAAAGCUUCAACAAAGCUUUGUGAAACUAACACUGUCCGCAGAACGGCUACCGGGUUUUAGUGUUCGCGUGCGUGUGCGCGUGAUGGAUGACUGUGAACGUUGAUGUUGAUUGUACUGGGUGUUCUGUAAGAAACACUAGCACUGAUUCAUGGGACAGAGGGACAGAAAAAUUAAAAAUCUGAAUACAGUAAAAUCUCAUAUUCAUCAGACAUUUUAGAAUCAGACUUCUUUACCCAGAUCUUUGACUUUCUUAGCUUGUCUUUGAUAAUUUAUCUCUUAACCUUGGCCUUACCAAUGCAGUCUCUUUGUCAUAUUAAGUCUCUUCAUCAUGUCUAAUUUUUUGUCUUUUUUUCUGUUUAGUUUUUUAUGUGUGCAACCCCUUGGCUAAUAGACUCUGUGGGAUUUUGAAGUGUGCUGUUAAUCGUAAAAUGUCUCUUACUCCCCCCAAAUUAAAAAACAAAAACAAAUUUAAGUCUAUGCAUCAAGUAAAAAAAUAGGAAAGGCAGUAUACAAGUAUAUAUAUUCCCAUAUUUUUUCCCAUCAGCCUUCACGAAAGCAGAAACGCCUAAACAUGUUAUUGUGUCUCCUCUGCGUCCUGAUCCAGAAUUGUCCAAUUGUGGAGAGAAUAUGGAUUGGCACAUUUGGAUGCCUGUCCAACAUGAAUUUCCGAUUCCUCAACAGAUGGUUCAUGAAUUUUGGCGUAUAUUACCGAAGCACUGACAUUUGGUUUAUCUUUUUUCCUUUUCCUGUAUUGUCUGCUAGUAAUCUGUUCUGCAAAUAUGCUCGAUCAUGCAUCUUUUAUGGUUUAUUAUGUACUAAAUCUGCUUGGAAGGUUCACGAUCCUGGGUCAGGUUGAUUCUCGCGGUCGAGAUCUCCUGUUCGGGGUUUACGUGUCUAGGGUAUUAAUCUUUGUGCAAUUGAAGCCUUGUGCUAUGAGUGGAGUGCGGGACUCAUUUCUAACAGUUUUCAAGCGAACGUUUUCGAGCACAUGCAGAAUUGUGACCUUAAAAAGCAAUCAACACUGAAUUCCUUGUCAUCACAUUUAUUACAUGUACAGAAUUAAAAAUCACAUUUUAAAAAUG